AUGGCCACUCUCGAGCCUCCUGAGAGUGGCGCCGACCCCUCCUUUUCCGACACAAGAACUGCUUCAUCUGAUCCCCGAGAACCCACUGAGCUCGAAAGAUCUGCCCAAGCGGACGUAUUCCCUUUGUCAAACCCACUGCCGAGUCCAAGAAACCUGCGGUCCCAGAGUCUGGCCCUUGGUGCUCCGUCAGCGAUCGCGAAGAAGGCUCCCAUCAAACGCAAGCCGUUGUCCUCUACCGUCUCGCCAUUGGCUGCCAAAUACUCAUCCCAAGACUAUCUCGAGAUUGCACCACACCACAUCGUCAAGCCCGAGCAGCGAUUCUCCCGGCCCUUCUCGGUUGACAGCCCUACUCUCUACGAGUUUCCCGACCGCUAUUCCCUCCCCGUUGGCCCCUCGGAUUCGGUGGCACCGUCGGCCAGCCUGCCACUCAGCCAACCAUCCUCUCCCGUCUUCCUGCCGUCGCACUCGAAGCCGCUAGAAUUCCCGGUUGCCAGCGCGGGAGAAUCAGAAAGUCGAAACAUUCGGGAGACCAACCCUGCAGCAGCUCAAACAGCUGAGGUCCGGUCACAACAUGAGGUCUUGACCGCGGAUACGAACCGUCUGACCACUCAGAAACAAGGCCUUGACCUUGCCCCAUCCGCCGGUCUAGAACCGCUGGAUAUCGAUAAUUCUAAUACUAAUACCAUGUCGCUCUCGGUCUCCGUACGCAAGCACGUUCCUCCACACCUCAGUCUCCGCGAAUUCGAUACUGGCGUACAGGCUACGCUCAAUGCGACUACAACAAGUCUAGACAAGUCCGCCAAUAUAAAUAAACCACUCCCGAAAUCGCCAGCCUCAUCCAAGUUGGGAACUCUCUUUGGUUGGGUCUCACCGUCGUCAACCGAGUUUUCGGACAAAGGCUAUUCACCCCUUCCCUCACCUUUCUCACCCAAGCCACGGACAGACUCUAUCGACUCAGAUGCUACUCCGACGUCAAAGGGACCUCAUUCUGGACAUGCCAAUGCUGCAGCUGACGAAAGCCCCCUUGACUACUGUGAAGCAUACCUACAGACGCCACCGGCCACCACUUCAACACCACCACUUGAAAUCGAAGAGAUGGAAGACGAGCUGAAGGCCAUAGGCGCCGAAUUGGCAGCGUCCAUUCGGCGCGAAAUGGAUUUAGAAGACCUUGUCGACAGGCUUCAAGAGCAGAUAAACAACCCCCAAGCACCCGGGAAGAGGACUAGCGACUACUACUCCGACUCAGGUUAUAGCUCGGCUAAGUUCAGCGAGUAUGAUCAGGCGAAGGAGGAGAUCUCGCAGGUCCAGCGCAGGGCAGAGCAGGAAAAGGCCCAACUCCGGCUCGAGCUCACCAGCAAGCUCCAGGACGAGCGAUCUAGACGCAAAGUGCUAGAUCAACAAAUAAAGGAGUUGUCCAGAAGGGCGUCACAAAUCGACUUUGCCCAAAUCCAGAGCAAGGAUACGAGUGGACGGGUCAAGGAACUCGAGAACACCUGCGAGGAUCUGCGUCGCAGGCUGAGCGAGGAGCGCCAAGUCAAGGAGAACUUUGAGGAUCUCCUAUCGGCGCUCAAGGGCGAGCUACGCAAUGCGACAAAUGAACGUGACAACCUCCGCGACGAGAUCGUCCCUCAGCUGCGCGCUCGUGUGGAAGGUCUCGAGGCCGAAGCCGCCGAGAAUGCGAAGACGGCCUACGACACCACAAAGAUGCAACAGGAGCUCCAGUCCUUGAAGGAUGAGAACUCGGAACUGAAGAUGACGGCCCCGCGCAUGUCCGUGUCAGGGGGCCUCUCGAGGUCUGCUUCCGUGGCCGGCCAGUCGUCGUACAAAAAGAGCCGGCCUCCCUCUCUUGCCCGCUCCAACACAGCCAAGCAGCUGGAAUCGCGCGAGGCGUUGGCGGAACGACUCAAGGACGUCGAGGCUCAGCGAGAUGCCCUGCACAGCGCUCUCAAGAGCCUCCUCGAGCGGCAGGAGUUGCAAAACCGCGAUUACCAGAAGAGGAUCGUGACUCUCGAGGUCGAGCGGGAGCGCCUGUUGUCAGCAUCACCCAAAAAGGCAGGCUACGAAAGGGACGUGUCAAAUCUCCGCGAUGAGAUCAGUGUUCUCCGUCGCCGUGCCGAAGAUGCUAUUGAGCAGAAGUGGCAGGUCGAGAAGGGCCUGAGCGGGCUGAAGAUGGACCUCGACCGGGCCGAGGGAGAGAUUGCGUCUCUGCGAGAACUGCUCGAUGAGAAGGACAUACUCAUCCCUGAAUCGCUCGCUCGCUCAAGCGGCAGCUCCGAUGGAGCUUCGGCGGUGCCAGUGACCUCCGCUUCCCUCGACAAGGCAUACAAGGACCUCCAGGCGGCCUAUGCGGAUGCGCUAAGACGCAUCAAGAACCUCGAGGCCGGAACCACCCCCAGCGACGAGAAGACGAAGCUUGCCAUCCAGCGUCUCGAGCAGUCGCUGACGACAGCCGUCUCGGAGCGAGAUCUCGCAAGGCGGGAGGCGGACUCAUACCGCACGCAGCUGGAUGCAUACCAGUCGUCCGAGAAAGAGCACCUCGCUUCGGAGAAGGAUCUCGCAGACCAGCUCCAGGAAUCCGCGCGGCGGGUCGAGGAGCUCGCGCAGCAAGUCAGCAACCAGCUCGCGGCCAACGCAUCGCUGCGCACGCGGCUCACCGAGGCCGUGGCGCGCGGCGAGGCCGACCAGAUCGCCAACAAGGAGCGCAUCGCCGGCGUGCAGUCGCGGCUCCGCACCCUGGAGGAGCAGCUGGUGGCGGCGCAGACGGCCAACGAGGAGCGCAUCGGGCGCCACGAGGACGAGAUCGCCACGCUCAAGGACGCCCACAGCGCGCAGCUGCAGCGGCUCCGCGACGCGUCGGGCGGCCUGCGCUCGCCGCGCCUCUUCCCGCCCAAGUCGGCGCCGUCGCCGCUGCUCAGCCCCGGCGGCAGCGCGAGCGGCGGUAGGUCGCCGCGGCUACUGUUCUCGCCGACGCGGCCGACCAUACGGCGGACGAGCACGGCGCCGUCGGACGUGGGCGACGCGGCCGAGGUGGAGACGCUCAAGACGCGCGUCAGGGAGCUGGAGGCGGCACUGGCGGCGGCGGACACGGACAUGCAGGACGUGGUCGGGCGCAUGAGUGCCGCGCAGAUCGAGGUGCUCGAGCUGCAGGAGGCGCGCGAGGAGGCGGUCCGGCAGACGCGCCGGAUCCAGCGCCAGCUCGAGGAGGAGACGGUCAGGGCCUUUGAGGGGAAGUUCAAGACCCUUACUUCGGAGGUUAGGUAA